GUUUCAGCUUGCUAUGAGGCCUUAAGUGCUUGGCUUUACUCAGAAGCACCUGGGUGGGUUUCUGUUGUCCUUUUCGUUCUCAGUAUCUGUCAGUUGCAUGUUGCAUCAUCGCUAGUUGUGUAAGGCCGCAGAAGGAAUUCCUAGCCACUAUAAGCAUUUUGUGAGUGUACCUUUUGACAGCUAAAGUUUAUUUUAAAAAUGAUAUGUAUCUUUCAGCUAUUUUAGCAGUGUCCUUGUCUUUGACAAUGAAGCAGCCUUCUUUUUUCUCUCAAAGGAUCUGGCUUGGACACUGGAAUGCAGCUGAUACUCUGUAGAGCAUUCAGAGUUUGUUAUCCACUAUUUAUUCCAGAGAAGUUCUUUGGAGGAAGAGGUGGGACUGUCUGGUGAUAAUCUUCCAGCUAACAGCCAGAUAAGAUUGUUUUCAUUACAAGUACUCCUCUGAGAGCCUAUUCUGAAGGGCAGAAAGGAUUAUCAGAGUUUUUUCAAGAAAGUGUCAGUGCUUUUGCAUUGCCAAUUGAUGUAUUGGAGCUGAGCAGAACAGGAUUUCUUUCCUAUUGAAAUGUUCAGGAGUCUGUCUGCCUGGGUGGAAUCCCUGUGCACUGCAGCUGAAUGAAAAAUGUAAUCUUGGAAGCCAUGAAAAUGAGAAAGCUUCCUGGGAUCUGUGCAAGUUUGCUGCUGACAGGAGGCAGUAUAAACUGCACAUAUUUUGUUAAAUAAAUGCAGACUGAUGAUAAAGACAAAUGAAAGAGCCUUGAAUACUUAAUCAAAAAACACAGACUCUCAUCCUCAGUAUUAUUUCUUACUAAGGAUGCAUCCAGGGACCUUCUUUAAAUCUUUCAGUACUUUCUCAUAUCCUAACGUUUAGUUUUACAAGCAGUGUAAGUUCUAAAACUGUUCAACUUUUUUUGACGUUUCCCUUUUGUUUCAGUCAUGGCAGUCUAUUUUUUUUUGAUCUUUGGGACUCUCCAGAGCAUGGACUAUGCAGACCAUUAUUUCUCCAGUUCAAGCCAUCUCAUAAGAAACCAGCAGGUUUAUGAGUGUAAGCUAUAAAAUUAUAACAUGUACGUAUGUUACAACAACCUCUUUGAGGGGAAUGAUUGAAGAGACAAAAACCAAGAGCCUCUGAUUAACAAUUGGACUGGGUGCAUAGAGACAAUCUGGUCUCCUCAGUUCCCUGAGGAGCUGAAGUCCUCUCCUAGCCUUCUCAGAUUUGGACUAGAAUUGUUAAUUUGUUUGGGUUUUGGUUGGUUUUUUUUUUUAAUUCCACAUCUCACUAUGAUAAGUACUCAGGAUAUCCUUCAUGUUCCUUUUUGGUAACAACCACUAGUCCCAGUACAAAUAGAGGUUAAGAGUUGUUGCUACUUUGUGGACCUGAGGAAGUCAUUAAAUAUGUCAGCCUGUGGCCUUUAUGGUGCAGUUGUAGUUCAAGUGGGAGUGUGUACUCAUGUGGGGAUUAGUUUGUUUACUUUUAAGCAGCUGUUGCUGGUUUUGCCUUCAGUAGUGUUCCCUGAAGAGAAGAUAAACCCCUGAAUUUGGUGCUGCAUUAACAGACAACUGCUGUGUUAGGAAGACUAGUGCUUGUACCUAUUCAGCUUAGGCUCCAAAGAAAAGUACUACCUCAUCUAGGUUGGGAUGAUGUGGCCAAGCUUCCCAUCACUGAGAAAAAGAAGAAGAAACUGAAAAGUAGGAAUCAGAGAAAGGUAGAAUCACUACAUGAAGUUACACUUGUAGGAAGCUGAAGAGCCCUUUUUGUCAUCAUCUGUUCUGCCUGUUCAUCUGCACUCACCUGACAAGAUGGUAUUUCAGAAACCACCAGAUGGUGGCUGGGGCUGGGUGAUUGUUGUCGUUUCCUUCUUCACCCAGUUCUUGUGUUAUGGAUCACCGCUGGCGGUGGGAGUCUUAUAUUUAGAAUGGCUGGAUGCGUUUGGAGAAGGGAAAGGCAAGACUGCUUGGGUUGGAUCACUAGCAAAUGGAAUCGGAUUGCUUGCCAGUCCUGUCUGCAGUAUAUGUGUGUCAUCUUUUGGAGCAAGACCAGUAGCAAUCUUCAGUGGCUUUAUGGUGGCUGGGGGCCUCAUGAUAAGCAGUUUUGCACCUAACAUAUACUGUCUUUAUAUUUCAUAUGGCAUUGUUGUUGGGCUGGGAUGUGGCCUUUUGUAUACAGCAACAGUUACCAUCACUUGCCAGUAUUUUGACAAACGCAGAGGCCUUGCCCUUGGUCUCAUCUCAACAGGUUCAAGUGUCGGACUCUUUAUAUAUGCAGCAUUGCAAAGAGCGCUAAUUGAACUGUAUGGACUGGAUGGUUGUCUGCUAAUAGUCGGGGCACUGUCUCUAAAUAUAUUAGCAUGUGGUAGCCUAAUGAGACCACUGGAGUCAUCUGAUUCCCCUCCACCAGAAAAAUCAUGUGUAGACAAAGUCCCAGAUCAAUAUUUGGUUUACCAUGAAAAAGAAAAGACUGUAGAAGAAAAUAUAAGCAUCCUUGAAAAGGGCUGCCUUGAUGAAAAAUGUGCAAACAACAUGCCUGAUUGCAAACAGGAUGGCAUUUUAAAUAAGAAUGUAUUGAGCUCAAUAAAUGUAAGUGAGAAAGACACUUACAAAAAAAAAGUUGUAGAACAGACAAACUUCUGCAAGCAACUUGCCAAAAGGAAGUGGCAGCUCUAUUUGAACUACUGGGAGGAAACUGCAGUUCUUUUUAAGAACAAAGUCUUUUCGGCUCUCUUUGUUGCCAUCUUGCUCUUUGAUAUUGGUGGAUUUCCUGCUUCUUUGCUCAUGGAAGAUGUAGCAAGAAGUGCAAACAUCAACGAAGACGAUUACCACGUGCCCCUUAUUUCCAUUAUAGGCAUUAUGACCGCUAUUGGCAAACUUACUUUAGGAAUCUUGGCAGAUUUUAAGUGGGUGAACACUUUAUACCUGUAUGUCACUACCUUACUAAUGACAGGAAUGGCCUUGUUUGCAAUUCCCUUUGCCAAGAGUUACCUGACGCUGGCGAUGCUUUCCGCAGUAUUGGGGUUCCUGACCGGGAACUGGUCGAUUUUUCCCUACGUUACCACAAAGACUGUGGGAAUUGAGAAACUGACUCACGCAUAUGGGAUAUUGAUGUUCUUUGCUGGACUUGGAAAUAGUUUUGGACCACCAAUUGUAGGUUGGUUUUACGACUGGACGCAGGAGUACGACACUGCAUUCUAUUUUAGUGGCUUUUGUGUCUUACUGGGUGGAUUUCUUCUGCUGUUGGCAGCAUUACCCUGCUGGAAUGCCUGUGCCAAUCAGAGCUCAAAGCUGCCUCCAAAUACUUACUCCUACAAAGUUGCAUCUAAAGCUUAGGUGACAACUGGAAAACCCUUUGUGCUUUUUUAUACUAUAUAGCAUAGUAUUUUAGUAAUUUUUCACUUAUUUAUGAAGCCCCCAAAUCCUCUUCCACUAGAGAAAUUCCAUUGUUGCUUGUUGUUCAGUUCCUGUUUCCUUCUUUUACUUCUUUUGUAUUUUAAAGAGCUGUCUUAACUUUGCCUACUGUUCGCUGUCUUUUCAGCCUUUGUCUACUGAAAUUCCCUUUCACCUUCUAUGGGAUAUAUUCUGCCAUAUUAUCAGUUGUACAUUUUCCUUUUUUAAGGGGGGUGGUGUGAAGGGGUUGUAACUUUGAAGCAAAAAUGAAGGCCUGUUCCUUACAGGAGAAGGCUGGCAUUUCAGUCAUCUUUUACAGGUCUUCAAGUUGCACAGACUACAAAACAAAAAAAUUGCCUUAUUAUUAGAAUGUAAUACUGUGGCAAGGUGCUUAUAACAUCGUGUUUAGAUUAACUUUCUGUCUUUUUAAAGGUUUUUCAAUUUACAAUGAAGUGCCAUUUUGGGGGGAGGGAAAAGAGGGGGAACAAAACCAACCUUGUAUUGCAUAAAUGAAGUGAACUUUAUGACAAAAGUAAAGAUUCUUCCUACCACUGCAACUAAGAGCUACAUUUAUAAAUAUUGCACAUUUUGUGAAAUCUCUUUAUAAAACUGUUGAACCAAAACCUUUUACACCAAGGAAUAAAUACAGUUGUUGAAACCAUGAAAAGAAA